AUGUCUGGAUUCAAGGCGUUGAACGUAGAGUCUGAAUCCGAGGAGGAGAUCGACGACACGAAAGAAAUUCAGACAGAGGAAGCGUUCAAGCUCUAUCAGACUGCGCUCAAGCUUCACUCUCAGGGACCUUUGUACUAUGAUGAGGCUCGGACAGCGUACGACGAGUUAUUUCGAUCCGACUUAUUCAAGUAUCCGGAGGCACUCUCUGAAUUCGCACACGAUCUGGUCGACGACACCCCAAUUUUACCGGUAUUGCCCACGGAGAUUGAGCCAGUCUUAGUCCUGCCCAGUAAUGCAGCAGAGUCAUCUGCGAAUGCCAUCCCACACCUGGUCUAUCUGGCACACAAGAAUCACGGGCAGUUUGAGCUGGACUACGCUCGACACCAAGCAUCUGGGACGUCUGCGGCCAAGAUCGCGCAGGAUUACUACGAUGAGGCUUGCAAUAUCGGAUUGAAGAAUUUCGCUGAGGCAUUAGAACGCGACGAUACGGACAUUGAUUUGUGGAAGAAAGCUGCCCGCGUCGCGGAGGUCUUGGCCACCCCCAGGAUCGCGCGUUUCUGCCUGGAAAGUGUUUUGGCGGGGGACGAUGACUCGGCUCAAUCCAUCGAUUUGUCUGGCUUGGACGAAGCCUUCGCAGCCGGAGAAUUGAAGGAUCUUGUUGCGCUUCUGAAGGACGAUUUGUCCCAGCUGAGGUCUGCCGGCGUUCAUCCCAAACCUCUAUUGCUAUCUCUACUCCGGAAAUCGAACAACUCGUAUCCAUUCCUUCCUUCGAGGGACGACAUUGCGAAUAGCAAGUCUGCGAAGCGAGAUCUGGCAACAUUUCCGAUUCAGAAGAUAUCUUUGACGUCAAAUUCAGUCUUUGACGAAUUCGUCGAUGCGGCUGAAGACCUUGAAAGAACUCCAAGUGCCGUGGCAGAUGGUGGAGAUAUCGCGAUGACUGACGGCAGCGAGCCCCAGGCUCCCAUUACGGAAACUGUGGAGUCCCCCGAGGAGAGCGCUGCAGUCGUUCCAGCUGUCAGCGAGCCAGUUAUGGCGCCACCCCAGACAGAGCUUCCGAGUCGCAAGAGGAACUCUACUACGGCCGGCAAUGAUGACAACGAAGGACGUAUCAAGAGUAAGAGGCUUCGUGCGCGCGAAUCCAUGCAUGAUAUGGCAGCUCCGGAGGAGGAACUUGUACCUGAGCCGACCUCACAUCAGUCGUGGAACUGGACUGUUCUAAAAGCUGCCGAUGCAGACAUGCUGAAACAAGCAGAUCAUUUUCUGCAGCGUUUGGAUCUCGCCCAAUAUGGAAACAGCGACAGUCUCUGGGAAAGUGCUAGUGGCACACAUAAAAAUUCGUCUGCGGAGCUUGAGACGAGUGGCACACAUGGCAGCCCCGCAGCAGACCUCUGUGCAGCUUUGCGUGCCUGGACUGAUGAGUGCUCGCAAGCCAUUCUACACGGCCACGGCAGCCAAGACUUCACUGGGAAAACAGCUGGUCUGACACUGUUCCAGCAACAUCUGAAGGUUUCGCAGCCAGACGAGGUCACGGCAGCGCCUGUGCAGCAUUCAGAUGAUAUUGCUGUUCUGAUCAAAGAGCUGUCUCAGCCAUCAACUACACUGUAUGACGCAGUCUUUGCGUGGUUUCUCUCGAUUUGCACGUCAAUUGAGGAAACGAAUGGCAAGAGUAUUGCUUCGUCGUAUCUUCGCGAGAUAUGGCCAGCUGAAUUGAAACAGCUGGUCGUCCAACUUCUCGUCCGAACGGAGCAGCCUCUCAUCAGCAUGCUGGAACAGCUGCACACUCGCAUAUCUGAUUCGACUGGUCCUGCCGUAUCAUCGACGACCGUCGCGAGACUGACUGAAUUGGUUCUAACGAUCUUCGAGCUACAUAUUGACAUUCACUCGGCAAUAACACAUCCAAGCAGCCAAGUCAACAACGCGACGCGCAUAGAACAGACUGAUCGACUGGAGCGCUGGGCGCUCUUGACAGACAUGUUCAUUCGAAUCUACUCUCAGGUACAGCCCGAUGCCGAAUCAGUCGAUGACCUCCUUGUUCGGUUUCUGUGGGCUUCGACCACCUAUGCAGCCAAGGCCGACGAUGUGGACAGAUCAUUUGUGAUGACCGGCCUGCAAGACUUGCAGCGCAUUCUGCAGGAGUUUGAAGUCCGGCCGAUUGCUUUGCCGAAUAACGCUGCUAUGCCACUCAUCUCAGCCGAAGCGGCAGAGCAGGAAUCGUUCCGACUGAGCACACUUGACUUCUUCAUGAGUGUCUUCGACACCGAGAAUGACGAUUCUGUUGCCGUGAUCGAAAGACUAGAGCCAAUCAUGGAAGCCGACUUGCUCCAUGAUAGCGAGCUCCUACCAGACUCAGAAGCAGGCAGGCUGAUACAAUUCCUCAAUUCUGGCGAUGCAGCGCUCCGACUAUUCCUGUGGAGACGUCUACAAAAUGCCUACACGACAAUAUCAUAUACACCAAAGGUGAUCUCGUGUCUAUUCCGUGCCCUGGAAACAAUCGUGCAGGAGAUUCAACGAGUCUUUGAGGCACCAAGCGAUGAAUCAGUCCGACAGCUGACGUUGCUCAAAUGGCUGAAGGACGCAGACGAACUGCUCAGCAAAAUUCUGUCCAAGGCUUCGGGCGAGAGUAAUGCCAUGGAAGCUCUUGACGAGGAGCAUCUGCGAUCUUCGUUGGUUGCCGUCACCUGUCUCCUGAAGGUCGUCCACGUGCAUGCGCUGUACGAGGAUCAAGUGCGCUUCGGGAUGAUGAGUCCACCCACAUUCAAGGGUGCAGCAUCUGCUAAGCUGUACGAAAAGAGCAAGGAUCGUUUCCGCGAGAUGCAUGUCCACUUAUGGUGCGUUCAGUAUCUGCUGUUCAAGGAGGCUACAACACAAUAUGCGGAGCAAUUCCCGGACGCUGCCAACGACCUUGCGGACUAUUUGUGUACUACACAUCAUGCGCUCGGUCAGCGGCACUACUGUCGGUACGCCAACAAGCAGCUUGUACGACUCGUCAAGUCCGAGCUCAAUACUCUGAAGACGACCAACAAUUAUCUUGGAGACAUGGCGCAAGUAAUGUUCGAUCUGUACCAGUUGCGCUUUAAGAAUACGGAGGGUGAUUUCGAGCAUGGCUGCUCCGCCGAGAACCUGGACAAGAAGACUGCGAUUUCGUUGAUCCCAAUGGUCACGAUGUAUGCAAAGCAGCUCCCGAUGAAGGACCUGCUGAAGAGCGAACUGCGAAAUACCAUCGAGAAGGUGCAAGCGGCUUCUGGUACUGUCAAGAGUGGUCCGAUCGUCCUUCAGAACAGGAAGCUGAUGGGAACGUACUUGAAAUCGCAACUAAUUCCAGACAAGUUCUACAAGGCAUACAAGGGCCAAGGAGGUCUUGUCACCCUGCCAAUCGAGGAUGAUGACUCCAUCAAGGCGAAGCACGGCUGGUACUUCUUGCUAGGUCAUAUCACACUCGCCAAGUUCAGAAGCGUAAAGCGGGUCAGCCCGACGCCGACGGAUGACCUUGACACCGCUGCUACAUUGCUGCGACAGGAUUUGGAGCACAACUCCGAGAAGUGGGAGACCUGGUGGCGGCUUGCUCAGAUUUACGAAGCCAAGAUCGAGGACGACCUGAUAUGGAACGCAGCGAAGCUUAAUGACUCGCGUGCGGACAUCGCAUCAAUGGAGAGACACUCGAUACAUUGCUUCCUGAUGGCGACGACAAUGGCAAUGCGCACGACUGACGACGAUACGGACACAGCACAAAAGAUCCAGGACAUGUUCAGGGAGUUCGCUAUUCGCCUGUACUCAUCGUCUCGUCCACCGCUGAGCAUGGAAGCCUUCAAGACAGAUAAGACAAGUCGCCACCUGAGCAAUCUUAUGGACCAAUCCAUGUCAAAAGUCCCUCUGAACGCCGCCUGGACGCCCUACCAACUCUGGAAAUAUGCCGCCGGCCUCCUACGCAAGAAAUUCACCAACAGGCCCAAACCCUGGAACGCUCACUACUACCACCACAAAUGCCUUUGGAAAAUCUUCCAAUCUCCCGAAAACCAACAAUCUCGGCACCCAAUCACGCCCCAAGACGUCCUCGACCCCCUCCUCUCCUCCAUCGCCGCCCUCCCCCGUGCCCAAAAAGCCAGCGACACAAUCCUCGAGCCCCACAUCCGCCUCGUCUCCGUCUUGCAUAAACUCGUGCGCCUCGAAGCCAUCAGUCCUCAUUUUGGCGCAGCUACCCUCAAAGAGUCCUCCCGCUUCGCAACUGGCCUUAACAUGGCCGAAGACGAAUACGGCCCCGACUGGGAGCAAUAUCUCCUCAACGUCCUCAAACGCCUGACCGCCGCGGACAAAGCCAAUUGGCAGCACCGCAUCAUCAACCGUGCCGCGCAUAUCAUCUACGAUUCGGAACGAAACAUUGCUGGUGCGCUGGGCGCCAAGCACGAAUUCACGCAGCAGAUCUUCACCAAGACCAUGACCUACCAGGUGUGGAAACCCGAGAAUGAGCGCGCGGGACGGCACUAUGUGUAUACGGGUCAGUAUGUGAGCUUUUUUGCGCACUUGUUGGACCAGUUGCAGGAUAGGGGGAAUUUGGAUCAGUUGGUGAGGAGGGUAAGGAGGAAGUAUCAGGAUUUCAUCAAUCAUACGCAGGUGUGGGAGCACCUUGCUACGACAUACGUGCGACUGCUACGACGCGUCGGCAAGAUCCCCGAAGGACGCGAGCGAGCGUUAUUCGACAAUACUUCGUUCGAAGAGUUCUCGAGGCUGAGUGAGUUGUUGGAAGUAUGGGCGCUUGAUGGCGGUACCAGCUCUGUGGUGCUGGACAUCAUGCGAGACGCCAUCGACCUAAAGAAGCUCAACAAUAGUCUGCUCAAAGGCGGCAUCAUCGACGACCUCAUCGGCGACGCGUACGCAUGCCUGUACGAGGCUUUCGUGUCGCAGCUGUCCGAAGCAGAGCGUGCGCCACCACAGGCAAUUGCCGCCACCGCUGGACCGAGCUUCAUCAACGUCACGCCUGACCACGUUGGUCCAAACGGUAUUCUAACGGAGCAUGGUCUGGGCAUCAACACUGCUAACACGAGCCCAUCGCAUCACUUCGUCACACCUCUCAAUCCCAUCCACGACAACCAACAAAACCCAUCAACACCAGGUCCGGGGCCGAUAAGAGCAGUCCCGCCGAAUAAACCAGGCCGAGCCAAGACAAUCACGCGUCGCGAGGUGCAGCGCAAAGCCGAAGCAGCGAUUGCGAAGCCACCACCGAUCAAGACGCCCACACUCAGCAAACGACCUGUUAUUGAGAUACCGAGCCAGAGCCGGCGUGGAGCCAUCUCUGAAGCAGGGAGUCAAGUGGGUAGCCGGAUCAACAGCGCAGCUUCUUCCCGACGGGGCAGCAUCGCGAGCUCGCGGCGGAACAGUGUCGGGGAGGGCUCGGCCGAUGGCGAUGAGGAUGAGGAGCGGGACGGCGAUGAUGGUGAGGCAGGCAAUGAGGCUGAUGAUGAGAGUGAGUUGAGUGAUGCUGGCAGUGAUGAGGAAGGAGGUAAGGCCGCACGAGAGCGAAUCAAGUCGACCAAGAUGUUCCCGAAGCAGCAUAACGGACUGCUGGACGGAGCAGGGAGCGAUGCGGACGACGAUGAUGAGGAAGACGACGAAGGAGAAGACGCUGUCGCUGCUCAGGCCGCUGCACGGCGAGACUGGGACCAGAUUGACGUUGAUGAGCGUGGCAAUGACGUCGAGAUGGGGGAGGCGGAUCGCGAUGGCACCCAGGAGCUGGAGAUUCCAGAGUCACAAAACAUUGGCGACGAGCCAGCGAAGGAUGACGGCGACGCUAUCUAG